AUGACGUUACAGUCAGCCAUGGCGGUUCUUAAACUAUACGUGGCGCUACUGGGUGUCCUCGCCACCACCCUCGCGUGUGACCUGACUCCAUCAGCUGCAGAAACUGAACUCAAGCUUCAAGCAGAAACAUACAUCAAUGUCACGAAACCAACGAUUGACUCAAGGUACAGACAACACUAUCAUGUAGCUCCACCAGUCGGCUGGAUGAAUGAUCCUAACGGAUUCUCCUACUUCAAAGAAAACUAUCACUUAUUUUACCAGUUUUACCCAUACAACACCUCGACUGGAAAUAUUCACUGGGGACAUGUGAUUAGUAAAGAUUUAGUGAAGUGGACACAGCUGCCGGUUGCGUUAGCCCCAGAGACAGAACAGAUUUUCUCUGGUAGCGCUAUUGAAAAGGAUGGCACUUUAGUACUCAUAUACACCGCACACAAAGGAAAAGAUUCUGACACAAAUGAAACUCAGUACCUGGCUUUCAGUAACGACGGUGUUAUCUUCACCAAAUAUAAAAAAAAUCCUGUCAUCUCAUUUUCACCAAACACGGCUAAAGAUUUUCGAGAUCCUAAAAUUUGGAAACAUGGCGAUUACUGGUAUGUCGUUCUGGGAAGCAAAACUGUAGAUACAAAGGGAGAAGUUCUGGUGUACAGAUCAGCGGACUUGGGAUACUGGGAGUUUCUAAACGUCGUGGCAUCCUCAAACGGCGACCUGGGAUUUAUGUGGGAAUGUCCAGACUUCUUCGAGCUGAGCGGAAACUACGUUCUCCUUAUGUCUCCGCAAGGUAUGAACGCAUCUGGGGAUAGGUACCAGAAUCAAUUCCAGACUGGUUACAUCAUUGGAAGUUUUGACUACCAAACAGGUAAAUUUGUUGAAAAAUAUGCAUUCCAAGAAAUUGACUAUGGCCAUGAUUUCUACGCUACCCAGACCAUGGAGCGCAAUAACAAGAGAUACUUGAUUGCGUGGAUGGGGUCGUGGGAUGGUGAGUUCCCUGAGCGGGCAGAUGGAUGGGCAGGAUCCAUGACAAUCGUUAGAGAGUUGACAUUAAACGGAGACCGUAUACUGAUGAAACCCAUUGACGCAAUCACUGAACUACGAGAGUCAACGGUAUAUAAUGCUUCUUUGGCACAAAACCAAAAUAUAACGGGUUUGGAAAAAACAGGAGAACUGCUUAUUUCUUUUGAUUUAGCGCAAGACAUUAGUUUGGCAAUCAGGGGUGUUAAUGACGUGAGUAACAAUACCAAUGUUAUUGGUUUGAGGUGGGAUGCGAGUGCAAAAAAAGUGAUCGUGGACAGGCAAGGUGUUAUAAGGCAGGGAGAAUGGGCGCCAGUUUCAUCAAAGUCUUUGAGAGUAUUCUUGGAUGCCAGUUCCAUAGAAGUGUUUUGUGGAGAAGGUGAAGUAGUGUUUAGCUCUAGAGCUUACCCUAACGGUAAUUGGCAAAUCACAAAUUUGGGUACACAAUCAGUUGAUGUUGUGGCGUAUACUUUGAGUAGAAGUGUGCCUGAAUAAAUUGAACUUCCUAUUUACAAUAUUCAGAUUUUU